CGUAAACCGCACAUGCUAAAUGUCACAGGUCGUAGGAGAAAAUUCCGAUCGAAUAUCCAUUUUUCACCCGAGUCCCGACGUCCGCGAAGGGUGAUGUAGUCAAUUCACAAACAAAAAUCUACCAAAUACCAGCCCAGCCCAAUUAAUUAGAAUUUCGUUUUUCUCGCUUCCCAAACAGGGAAAAGGAGAGCAAAUGAGAGAAAUUUGGAUUUUGUCAACACUUAUGGCAUGCUCUCUGCUUCAUUUCAAUAUAGAAGAGAACAAAAAUUAUAUAUUAUAAAACGAAACUGAAGUUGAUCGUUGAUUUGUUAUCAGUCGUGUCAUUUUCUGCCCUAACUAUAACUCUUCUCAAACUCCGUCAUUGAUUCUUCUCUCAGCUCUGUCUCCAACUUUGCUCCUCUUAAUCUAUAACUCCUUCCGGAUUGAUUUGCUUUGGAUAUAUGGAUUUCGCUUGUUGUAUAAAGCAGCCUAAUUUCUUUCACGGCAGUGAAGGCAAAGGUUGUAUGGUAUCAAAUCGGUUACAUUCGAGAUUGAGAUACAGAAGCUUUCGUUACAAUGUUCUUGAUCCGAGUAAUGUUUUGAAAGAUAGGUCCUCCAAGAAAAUAAGGAAAAAUUUUGCAUGUAGUGGUGCUUUGAAUUCGAAUUUGGUAUUCAGAGCAGGAUUUCAUAGUCAUUUAUCAGCUGCACAUUCGAGCAGCUCAUUGUUUUGUAAUUUUCCUGAUGCUUUUAAAGUGUCCAGGGGAUUCAAUUCACGGUGUCAAGGCAAUGAUUCUUUAGCAUAUAUUGAUGGGAAUGACCAAAAUGUAGAAUUAGUUGAGAGUAGUGCUGAAAGCUUGACAGUGGGAUCUGAUGAUGGCGUAGAGUUGAAUGGUGUCGGAGAGACGGUAGAGAAAGGAGGAGAACGGAAAGAAGAAGGGGAAACUGAGGCACCGAGUUUGGACGAACUGAGGGAAUUGUUACAGAAUGCGAUUAGAGAAUUGGAAGUUGCAAGGCUUAAUAGUACAAUGUUUGAGGAGAAGGCUCAAAGAAUAUCAGAAGCUGCAAUAGCCUUGAAGGAUGAUGCAGCGAAUGCUUGGACUGAUGUUAACUCAACUCUUGAUAUGAUUCAAGGGAUUGUAAAUGAGGAAGCUAUUGCCAAAGAAGCGGUUCAAAAUGCCACGAUGGCCCUUUCUCUGGCUGAGGCAAGGCUUAAAGUGGCAAUAGAAUCAAUUGAAAGAGCAAAAGAAGAGACUGAUUCACCAGAUGUUUCUGGUGAGAUUGAUGUGAAAAACGCUGGGGAAGAGGAGAAAGCAAUUUUAGCAGCUCAGAAUGAUAUUAUAGAAUGUCAAAUGCAUUUGGCUAAUUGUGAGGCGCAGUUAAGAAAUCUACAAAGUAAAAAGGAGGAAUUGCAGAAGGAAGUAGACAGGCUGAAUGACGCUGCAGAGGAAGCACAGAUGAAUGCUUUGAAAGCAGAAGAAGAUGUUGCAAAUAUUAUGCUUUUAGCGGAGCAAGCUGUUGCUUUUGAACUUGAGGCUACUCAACGGGUGAAUGAUGCAGAGAUUGCAUUACAGAGAGCUGAGAAGUUAGUUUCUAGUUCUUCUGUUGAUACCGUAGAAACUACCCAGGGUUAUGUAUCUGGUGAUGAGACUGUUGUUGAGGAGGAGAAGUUGAGUGAAGGAAGGACUACUGACGAUGAAAAGGAAAUAGAUGUGCCAAUAGAUGGUAAUGUUUUACUUGGUGGACCUUCAAUAGAUAGACUAUCUGAUAAGUCCAUCCAGAGUUCUAAAGAGUUGUACCAAUCUGAUGAUUCUAGUGACCAAGAGAAUGCAAAACUGAAUUUAGACUCUUCUAAGGAAGCUGAAGUAGAAGCUGAAAAGUCAAAGAGUGGUGUUCAAACAAAAAAAACGGACAUGCAGAAGGAUACUUCUAAAGAAACUUCACCUUCGCCAGUUACUUCUCCAAAGGCAUUGUUGAAGAAAUCUUCGCGAUUCUUUUCUGCAUCUUUCUUCUCUUUCACUGUAGAUGGGACUGAGUUAACACCAGCAUCAGUUUUCCAAGGUCUCAUGGAGUCCACAAGGAAGCAGUUGCCUAAGCUGGUUUUUGGAGUGUUGCUGUUGGGGACAGGGGUGGCCUUCUUCUCUAAUCGAGUGGAAAGGAGUACUCAGAUCCUACAACAAACAGACGUUGUCACCACUACUAUUGAAGAAGUUUCUCCGAACACCAAGCCUCUGAUUCGACACAUACAGAAACUUCCGAAGAGAAUGAAAAAACUAAUUGCAAUGAUUCCUCAUCAAGAGAUGAAUGAAGAGGAAGCAUCUCUGUUUGAUGUAAUAUGCUUGCUGCUUGCUAGUGUUGUAUUUGUGCCCAUGUUUCAGAAACUUCCUGGAGGCAGUCCUGUCCUUGGAUACUUGGCUGCUGGCAUCUUGAUUGGCCCUUAUGGUCUCUCUAUUAUUCAUCAUGUGCAUGGAACAAAGGCAAUUGCUGAAUUCGGAGUUGUGUUCUUGUUAUUUAAUAUUGGUCUGGAGCUGUCCGUUGAAAGGCUUAGUUCCAUGAAGAAAUAUGUUUUCGGAUUAGGCUCUGCUCAGGUGUUGGUGACAGCAGUGGCUGUUGGCUUGAUUGCUCAUUUUGUGUCUGGACUUCCUGGUCCUGCUGCCAUAGUAAUUGGGAAUGGGCUUGCACUGUCUUCCACUGCUGUUGUCCUCCAGGUACUGCAGGAGAGGGGUGAGAGCACAUCACGUCAUGGACGUGCUACAUUCUCUGUCUUACUAUUCCAGGAUUUGGCUGUUGUGGUGUUGCUGAUACUCAUACCUCUUAUUUCACCAAAUUCCUCCAAAGGAGGGGUUGGUUUUCAAGCUAUUGCUGAAGCUCUUGGGUUGGCUGCUGUUAAGGCAGCACUUGCUAUUACUGCAAUAAUUGCCGGUGGACGCUUGCUGCUUCGACCAAUUUAUAAACAAAUUGCAGAAAAUCAAAAUGCAGAGAUAUUCUCGGCCAAUACGCUUCUUGUCAUUCUGGGGACCAGUCUCCUUACAGCCAGGGCUGGGCUUUCUAUGGCACUGGGCGCGUUUCUGGCUGGUUUGCUCCUUGCAGAAACUGAAUUUUCCUUGCAGGUUGAAUCGGAUAUUGCUCCAUAUCGUGGCCUCCUAUUGGGUCUCUUCUUCAUGACGGUUGGAAUGUCUAUUGAUCCAAAGCUUCUUUUCUCAAAUUUUCCCGUUAUUAUGGGGACAUUGGGUCUCUUAAUUGGUGGCAAGACCAUGUUGGUUGCUAUAGUUGGUAAACUUUUUGGUAUUUCAAUCAUAUCUGCUAUAAGAGUUGGCCUUCUUCUUGCUCCGGGUGGAGAAUUUGCAUUUGUGGCUUUCGGUGAAGCUGUUAACCAGGGCAUAAUGUCUCCUCAGCUAUCAUCUUUGCUGUUUCUUGUGGUUGGGAUCUCAAUGGCUUUAACACCAUGGCUAGCUGCUGGAGGUCAAUUAAUUGCCUCACGUUUUGAGCAACAUGAUGUUCGAAGUCUAUUACCAGUUGAGAGUGAGACAGAUGAUUUGCAAGAUCAUAUUAUUAUCUGUGGAUUUGGACGUGUUGGCCAGAUCAUUGCGCAGCUUUUGUCAGAACGAUUAAUUCCAUUUGUUGCUCUUGAUGUAAGGAGCGAUAGAGUAGCAGUUGGGCGAGCGCUUGACCUUCCUGUCUAUUUUGGAGAUGCUGGAAGUCGAGAGGUCCUCCAUAAAGUUGGUGCUGAAAGAGCAUGUGCUGCAGCAAUAACUUUGGAUACUCCCGGUGCAAAUUAUAGAACUGUCUGGGCACUAAGCAAGUACUUCCCCAAUGUAAAGACGUUUGUCCGUGCUCAUGAUGUUGAUCAUGGCCUUAAUUUGGAGAAGGCAGGGGCUACAGCGGUUGUUCCUGAGACAUUAGAGCCAAGCUUGCAGUUGGCAGCUGCAGUUCUUGCACAGGCUAAACUACCCGCAUCGGAGAUUGCAUCAACUAUAAAUGAAUUUAGGUCCCGCCACUUGUCUGAGCUAACUGAGCUAUGCCAGGCUAGCGGAAGUUCUCUUGGGUACGGGUUUUCACGUAUCAUGAGCAAAUCCAAAACUCAGUUUUCUGACUCUUCAGAUGAAAACCAAGUCACUGAAGGAACGUUAGCAAUAUGAAAACUGCCUAAAUCCGUUCAAGAAAAGGAAAGUAUCAUGGGGAAAUGUAUAGUGCAAUAACAACCAUUGGCUUAAUUGUACAGAAAAUAUACUGAAGAAAAAGGGAAUGGUAUAUACUCAACAUUGAUCGAAUUUUUUUGUUCGAUGAAAUUUUGAUAGACCUCUAUAAAGACGUACAGAAAUGCAUUAUUUUUCUAUUUCCUCUUUAUGUUUUAGCAGUGUUCCGGGCACUGAUCAGAGAAAUGUCACUGGAAAAAGAACAUGAUGCUAAGACUUAUUGUUAUCCUGGACAAUAUAUUCUUUUCAUAUUUCUUCCUCGCAA